AUGCGGGCUCAGGAAGCAAGCGGAGAAGUCGGGGGACCUGGGCUCACGUUAAGCCCCCACGGACUGCUGCCAGAUGCCGGCCCCACUGCGGGGGAGGGCCCCCCUAUGGCCACGAUGUCCGCCAAGAACGUGCAGCGUGGUAUCUCCUAUGCCGGCGGCCCUUCCCCUUUAGCCAGUGACCGACUCUGGGGUGAAAAGCCCGACUCCUUGGCCGCGGUGGACAGCUUCUCGGAGGGCCUGUCCCCAGCCCGCCCCGCCCCGCCCCACGCUCCACAGGCCAGGGCUGGCUUGGCCUGA